GUAUUUCAAUCUAUUGUUUUUUUAGCAUCAAUAUUUUGUUUUCAUUAGUAUUUCAAUCUAUUGUUUUGCAUCAAUCUAUUGUUGUAAUUUAUCUUGAUUUUACCAAAUGCUUUGAUACUGUAUCUCACUGUAUCACUUGUACUGUAUCUCACAACAGACUAAUUACAGUAAACUCGGUUAACUUAUUUCAUGAGUGAACUUAUAUUGACGAGUGAAAUUAACGUCGUGCAUUUAGGCGUAUUGGAAAUACUUCUCCAACCCAAUUGAGGCUAACAAAAUGAAGUUAUUUAGCAAAUUAUUUUCAAAAAACACUGCGCAUGCCAAUAAUAGGUGCUCACUCUUGAACAACCGCGCACAGCAUGAUAAGCUUUUUUGUUGAAUUAGAGUUUUAAAGCAACGGUGGUAAUUUAUUAUGUAGAAGUUAGAUGUUUUGUAGGUGGUUUUUAAAAUUUUUAUUCUUAUUAAAAAUAGAAAGUUUAAAAAUUGUAUAACUUAUUAUGAAGUUUGCAGGAACGUUGGUUACAACAAUUUGUUUUUGCAUGAUGGUUUUUGUAGUAUAUGGUAAUGUCGAAGGCAACAUUUGGUACAAUCAGUUAGAACAAGUACCUAACAAAAUGCAAAGAUCUUUGCUCACCGUAAACCUUUUAAAUGAUAAAAAUAUAGUUGAAAAUCGGUUUGCUGCAUUUAAGUCGCAAAUAAAUCCGUUAUCAACACUUGAUCCAUCAAGAAAUGGCGGUCUAUUAAAACGUGGCAUAAUAACCAAUUUGCCAGAGGAACCUUUAAAUAUUAAAUUUCAUCAAAAUAGUUUAAUAAAUAAUGUCUUACCAAACAACAUUUUACUUUCCAAAAGUUAUGAAACUGCUGAUCUAACGGAGGAAGAUGAUGACUUUUUAGGUGAUGAAGAGAAUCAGUCCUCACCAAACGAAAGAAGUCAUUUAACGUGUGGAAAUCAAAAAUUUGAUCCUAUUAAACAGUUAUGUUACGAAGGUAAAACUUACAACACAGCAUACUUUGGAAUCUGUGGUAAAUUAUUGUAUAAAAUUCAAACUCAAUUUUGCUAUCAAGGAAAAACAUAUAGCCGAAUCAGAAAUGGAAUAUGCGGAAAUGAAAUAUUUGAUCUAUUUAAACAAACAUGUCAAAUGGGAAAAGUAAGUCAACUGUGUGGAGGAGAAAUCUAUGAACCAUCUACUCAUUUUUGUGUGGAGAGUGUUUAUAGUAAAAGUAAGUUUGAGUUAUGUGGUAAAAAGAUUAUUAGAAGAAAAACACACUUUUGCUUCAACAAUGUUAUUUACAAAAAUGUAGAAUCCAAUACACCAAUACAUAACUUUCCAUCAUCAGUUGCAACAACAGUAUCGUCAUUUAAUCAUAACUUUCCAUCUUCGGAAAGCCACAAAUCUUUAUUAUUUUUUUCUAUUCCUACAUCUAAGACGUUGUUACCGAAUUGGACUCCAACUGAAAGUGAUCAAAGUAUUCAAGUUUUUGUUACUAAUGAAAGAAACACACACUUUAAUAUUGAAACGCCAACACCUGCAUUACAGGUCUCUCAGCAUCGUAAAAUGAUGAACUUAAUAUAUAAUCCAACGUUGUCAAUUUAUCAAAGCUUAAAUGAAAGAAAAAAUACAGCAGUAAUGGGCAUGUUUGGCGAAGAGCAUGGCGAAAAAAAAGACAUUUUAUUUAUUAAUUCAAAAUGUGGCGCUUUUCAUUAUAAUAACGCAACACAUUUUUGUUUUAAAAACCAAGUCACACCACGAUGCGGUUCAAAGGCCUUUAAUAUAGACGCCUUACUUUGUUUUAAUGGUUUGCUUUAUUCACAAAAAGUAUAUCAAAAGUGUGGAGAAAACUUAAUUAACAUAUUUACUAAGCUCUGUUAUAAUGGAAAUGUUUAUGAAAAUUCAUCAGAUAGAAAAAAAUUAUAUUGACAAAUUAAUAGAUUAAUACAAGUUCACAUAAUUGUAUGGUAAAAGCCCAAAUAAAAAGCUUUAAAAUAAUACUUUAAAAAAUAUAGCUCGAACCAUAAAGUUGUGUAAAUUAUUAAUUAAAAAA